GGAAGUGACUCGCACAAGAUCCAGUUUUGAACUUCUUGCCGGCCCACUCUGGAACAAGAGGUGGUUUAGAUUUGUCUCACCGUUCUAGAUAUUAAACAAAAUGGCUCAAGCGGAAGAUGAACAAUUGCAUCUGCUGAAGCGGGCGUUUUCUAUGUUCGAUUCAACAAAAAGGGGGACAAUAGAGAAAGAAAAAGUGAGAACAAUUCUAACCACCCUUGGACAUUCCUAUGACGAGAAGGAACUGGAAAAAUUACUGUCGGAAGAGGAUCCAGAAGAAACGGGAACGGUAAAUUUUGACUCCUUCUGUCGGGUAGCCUCGCAUUUUCUGGAGAACGAAGACGAAGAAGCUCUACAAAAGGAACUCAAAGAAGCUUUUAGACUCUACGAUAAAGAAGGUAACGGUUAUAUUCCCACUUCAAGUUUAAGAGAAAUUCUAGCAGCCUUAGAUGAUCAAUUAACCAACGAUCAACUGAAUGAAAUGAUUGCAGAAAUAGAUACGGAUGCGUCAGGAACCGUUGAUUUUGAAGAAUUCAUGGAAAUGAUGACUGGUGAUUAAACGUAAUUUACACUUAGCCAUUUCUGUUAAGUCAAUCUUAUUAUAAUGUAUUUUAUUGGAUAGUAUGAUGUAAAUUCUUGUUUAUAAUAAACAGUUUGUUAUUAAAUUA